CUUCCCCUCCAGGCGGACCGCCACCGCUGAGAGCGAGCCCCCUCCUUUCCAGGCGCUCCGCUCUAGCUCUCCGGGAGCGCCAAGACUCGGGCUGGGGCGAGGAAGGGCUGGCGGGAGUGACCGUGGGGCUGUGGACCCGCAGAGGGGACUCUCCAGUCUCGAGCAGCAGCACUUGUCAUAAAUGGCACUAGCUCCGCGUCAUCAAGAGAGGCAGAAGAAUGCUCAGUAAGGGGACAUGCAUUUCCUCAAAGGGAGGGGAAGGAAAUGAUUCCCAGUAUUUGGCACAGAUGUGUACAAGUGCGUUUUAGUGACGAUAGUAAGCAGGCGUUAAAUACAGGUGCCUCCUCUCGCUCCCACCUGUAUCCAUUUUCCCCUAUCUUUCAAUAGAAUUCAACUUGGCUGUGGACCUUUAAGGCCUAAGGAAAAAUGAUUAGAAGAAUUACGUUACCUAAUAGUUGUUGAGCACCUUUAUCGAGAUAAACUCUUCAGGACUUCUUGCAGUCCAGGCGUUAAAAAGGUGCCGCCUACAGAAAGCGCAGCUCCUACCGGAUUCCCUCGCGUAGUUCCGGCUUCUGGGCAAGAACUCCAGGAGAGAUUCCGUCAGGAUCCAUUCAAAAAAAGAUCCUAAGCUUCUGAGCUUCAGCAGACUAUUGAAGGGUUUGGGUUCAUGACCAAAAAAGAAGCAAGAGAAGAAGGAGGGGGAGAGAAAUUCCAUGAUCUGUACAAUCUUCUUGAAGCAAACUCAGACCAGAGGAAGAAUUGUCCUUGACUUUUGAAGACUAAGACUAAACUGAAAUUUAAAAUGUUCUUUAGGGACAAAUGGAGCUUGACUUACACUUGUGUAAUAAUUUGUUUCCUGACACUAAGGCUGUCCACCAGUCAGAACUGCCCUACCAAGAGUCUAGAAGAUGUUGUCAUUGACAUCCAGUCAUCUCUUUCUAAGGGAAUUAGAGGCAAUGAACCCAUACAUACAUUAACUCAGGAAGACUGCAUUAAUUCUUGCUGUUCAACAAAAAACAUAACAGGAGACAAAGCAUGUAACUUGAUGAUCUUCGACACUCGAAAAACAACUAGGCAACCCAACUGCUACCUUUUUUUCUGUCCCAGUGAGGAAGCUUGUCCGCUGAAACCAGCAAAGGGACUUAUGAGUUACAGGAUAAUUAGAGAUUUUCCAACUUCGGCCAGAACAAACUCGCCAAGCCCAGAGUUAACCCAAGAAGAUUCUUUUAUCCAUGGCCAGUCUUCACAGGGAAUCACUCCCACCCCCACUCCUGUGACAGAGUAUUCAAAGCCCACCGAUAGCUUCUGGAGAGAUGCAUUUUCUCAGAAGUUUGGAUCCUCAGAUCACUCAGAGAAACUAUUCAAGAUCGGUCAAGCAAGUACACCGUUCCCUGUUUAUAAAGAAAAAGGCCAUUCACAGAGUUCACAGUUUUCCUCAGAGCAAAAAAUAGCUCGUCUCCUACCUGUGACAACGCUCCCUACGAUGAUGACCGUUGCUUCUCAGCGUAUCACCUCUACCCCCGCAAAGCCUGCAUUGCCCCCCACCACCAAUGCUCCUGUGAUACCUUCUGUGACUUCUGAACCAGAGAUGGCCACCUCAGCUCCAGCCCUAGCCCCGGGCAAGUCGCAGCCCCCCACAACCCUCUUGUCUACCAUUUUGACCCAUGCUGUGGUUAUACCCAAAGCUAGCAUAACUACAGCAGCCGUUUCAAAUGCCAUCUCUGAGGCGCCCAUAGACUGGAAAAGCCCCGCAGAAAUGGUGCCCUUUCGAGAAAUUUCCAGCUUCACUUCAAACACAGAGGAUGCCCAGAGUAACCCCAUUACACUUUCUUUGUCAACGGUGGAUUCAUCUGCAGCUAUGCUGCUUUUGUCAGAUGUGGUUUCUUCUGCUCCAAAUAAAACUGCUUCCCAGGAAAAUGAGAAGGCCAGACCCGAUGGUUCCUCCCUGAACAGUGUUCCAGAAAGUCAACAUGGCCUUCCAUUUGAAAAAUGGCUCCUCAUCGGAACCCUGCUCUUUGGGGUUCUGUUCCUAGCCAUAGGCCUUGUCCUUUUGGGUAGAAUGUUCUCAGAAUCCCUCCGCAGGAGACGUUAUUCAAGACUGGAUUAUUUGAUCAAUGGGAUCUAUGUUGACAUCUAAGAAGGAAACUAGAUGUCUCUUAAUUCACAUAGUUACUAGUAGCCCCAACCCAGUGACUCCCUGCUGACUCACCGGUCGUAGCAGGAUUUCUGAAGCACCAUGAAGAAGGUAGAUGCCCCCUACAACUUUCUUUUUGCUUGGUGUUUGAAGACAAGAGGAGAAAGGAAACUAAUUAGGUAAUUUGAGUGACUUAGCUCUAAAAUAUUUGCUGAAAACAAAGCUCAACCUAAAGUAAUAAAGUGUAAUUGGCAUAUAAAUUAAAAAAUGACUGGCUUUUUGCAAGGAAAAGUGGUUAGGACUUUUGGGCUCCAGUUCAUUAACAUUUCUGGUUCCAGAUAAAGCCAACUGUUUAUGAUAUUAAUUCUAAUGGAUUUACUUUCCUUUUUAUAUGAAGUCCAAUAAAAGUUAUUCCAGAUGUAUUUCCUUCCAAUUAAAUAUUUGAAUAAAUCUUUUGUUACU